AUGCUACUUCGUGGGAUGAGGCAGCCGUUAGGGCGGGUGUCGUCGCAGGACGUGCCAACGGACCUCAUCGUCCGGGUCGCCGGCGCCGCCUUCCCUCUACAUAAGGCGGUGAUGGUGCCCAAGUGUGGCUACAUCCGCAAGGCCGUCGCCAUGGCCACGCGCCCCGACCACGCGGCGACCGUCGAGAUCGAGCUCCACGGCCUGCCGGGCGGCGCCGACGCCUUCGAGAAGGCCGCGCGCUACUGCUACGGCGCCAACUUCGAGAUAUCCGCUCGCAACGCCGCCCCCCUCCUCUGCGCCGCCGCGUUCCUCGACAUGCAGCCGGCCGACGGCGGCCUCGCGCGCCGCGUUGAGGAGUUCCUCGCGCAGGCGGGUCUCCGGACGCUGCCCAACGCGAUCGCCGUGCUGCGGUCCUGUGAGGGCCCGCUCCUCGUGGCCGCCGAGGAGCUCGGCGUCGCCCGGCGCGCGGCCGACGCCGUGGCCCUGCGGAUCUGCAACGAGGUGCUUUUCCCGACGCGGUCGCCGCCGGAGUGGUGGGCGUCGGAGCUCGCAGCUCUCUCGCCAGCGUCGUUCCACAGGGUCUUUGCGGCGCUGCGCUGCCGACGCGCCGGUCCUGAGGUGCUCGUCGCCGCGGCCACCGCCUACGCGGAGCUCCUGCUGGCCGACGGCAAAGCUUCCGACCACCGCGCCCUCCUCGAGUCUGUUGUCGCCGUGCUCCCUUCAGCGGACGACGCGCCCCUUCCCGCAGCGUUCCUCUGCCGCCUCCUGCACGACGCCGUCACCUCCGAGGCCUCCGCCAAGACGUGCCGCGACCUGGAGCUCCGCCUCGCGGCCGUGCUCGACCAGGCCACAGCGGGCGACCUGCUCGCCUUGGCACUCGAUGGCGCUGGUGAGCGCGUCAUUAACACCGAAUCGCUCCGGCGUGUGGUCGCCGCGUUUGUGGAGCGCGAGUCCGGUGCCGGACGGAACAGGAGGGCGUCGCUGUCCGGAGCGGCGUCGCUGUCCGGAGCGGCGGCGCUGGGCGCAGGGGCGCUGCAGAAGGUGGCCAAGAUGGUGGACGAGGUGGCGGCGGAGAUCGCGACGGACGAGUCCCUGCCGAUCUCCAAGUUCGUGGGCGUCGCCGGCGCUGUGCCCAAGGACGCCCGCGCCACCCACGACUGCCUCUACCGCGCCGUGGACAUCUACCUCAAGGCGCACCCGGAGCUGGACGAGAUCGAGCGGGAGAAGGUGUGCAGCGUCAUGGACACCCUCAAGCUCUCCUACACGGCGCGCAUCCACGCGUCCCAGAACAAGCGCCUGCCGCUCCAGGCCGUGCUCAGCGCACUCUACUACGACCAGCUCAAGCUCCGCAGCGCCGGCGUCGGCCACGACGACGAGGAUAGCGAUGCGCGGUCGGAGGCCGGGUCGGCGCGCAUGCAGGCCAAGGCGGACGCGGCGCUGGCGCGGGAGAACGAGGCACUGCGGUCGGAGCUGGCCCGGAUGCGGGCGCACUUGUCGUCCGGCGUGCAGCAGAGCAAGGGGAGCGGCUCGAGGACGGCGGCGACGGCGACAGUGCCGGGGAAGAAAGCGAGCUUCUUCGGGUCGAUGUCACGCACGCUGAGCCGGCUGAACCCGUUCAGGGCCGGCGGCGGGUGGUCCAAGGACACGUCGAGCAUCCGUGACAGUAGGGGCGGCGCCAUGAAUGUGGUCAAGCCCAAGCGGAGGAGGUCCUCCAUAAGCUAAGACUCAAUAUAUAUCAUCCAUGAUGAGAUAGGUGCAUGUAAUUCGGUCUCAUUUCAUUCGUAUGAUCACUGGUGUGUACUGUGCGUGUAGAGGAAGAUCAUGAUCGUAGUUCUCAUGAUUCUUCCCUUUUUUUCAGUUAGUUUGUGUCAUCUAUUGUACUACUAAUCUACUAUGUACUGUAUGAUGUAUGUUGGGCAUUGUAUAUUAGUAGAAAGAAGAAGUGUUCAAUUCAA